CAGUCACAGCACAGCCAAACCACCGAUCGAUUGUAGCGUAUCUGGCGUUCAUGCUUCUCUAUACAGACAUCACGCUGGAAUCGGUUUCACAUUGUGAGCACGCGCAGAGGACAUUUACCCGCGGUCGCUCAGCAGCGUAGUAGGAAGGACCGAUGCUAUAUAAGCGGUGACAUCCAUUUUUCCUGGACCUUCUGUAUUUUCCGUCCUUGACGGUUAGACAGUUACGAUUUCCUUGUUAGUCUGGACAGUUACCUAAGGUGGAUAUUUGAGUUAACCAUCUGGAAUCCCUAUUAUAGAUAUAAGUGAGCCAUGGAUCGGAAGUUCAUUCUCCCUAAAGCUGCCGUCCUCGUCAUGUUUCUGUCAUGCGUAAUGAGCUUUACGAUACGAAAGCGGUCCUCCCAGAGCCCCUCGGAACUUACCAAAGCCCUCAAAGUAUUGCAGCGUCAACGGCGACGAGUAGAUAUGAGCGAGUACCUUCGGAACAACCUCGAUGCUAUGCAAGACUCAUUUGACCCGUACGAGGAGUAUGGAGCAUUAGAUGGCAGGUACAGUCUUGAGGAUCUCCUACCAGCCUAUCAGCAAUACCUCGAGGAGCUUGAACAGGACGGAGAGCAGGAAAUGCCGAAUGGAACACCAUCGAUUGAUGAAUUAAAAAGCCUGUUUGGAACGUCAGGAAAGGAACAUAAUUCCGUACUAGAAGAAGCUAUCAAAGUUAAAGAUGAUAGUCACUCCGCUAAUAGAAAAAUUACGAAAUCACAAAUGGAAAAAUUAUUAAAUCAAGUGAAAGAUGAGGAGACGCAAGAAACAGAGGAAACAAUGAAAUCUGAGACACCUUCUAUAAUUGAGGAGACUGGUAACAAAGAUCCGUCAGAGGUCGCGCCUAAACCGGAAGUAGUAACUAAAGAGGAACUGAAGGACUUGUUUGGGGGAGAUGAAUCACCAGAAGCGACGAACGAUACACCGUCGGAUUCUGAAGAUAGCCAGGAGGGGGUAAAUAGUUCAACUGGUGAGGAACUGGUACCGCAGAUUAACUCGUUCCCUGCCGAAAAGAAGAAGAAAGUAGCAAAGCGAGACAAUGGAGAGACAUUGAGAUCGGAAGAAGCUGAUUUGCAUAACGAGAUUGCUCUUCUUCAUUUGAUGGAAGGAAUCGAAGAUCAGGAAAUCGACAACCUUGCCUCGGCUCUCAAGGAAGCUACUAUGUCACAAAUGGAGGGGACAGAUUCUUAUCUCAGACCUGAGUACAAAGACAUAGAAAAGGCGAUCAGAAACGAGGAAAUUCUUCAGGAACUUAAAUCAAAUCCAUCAAUUGCACUACAAAUAGCUUCACUGGCGCAACUGGCAGAGGAAAAUGGACUGGAUCAAGAGGAGGAGGAUGAAGAGGAAGAUAUCGACGACGAUAGCAACGAUGUAAUUGAUAAACGAACUGAAAUUGAAUCCAACGUUGACGACGAAAAACCUACAUAUGAAGAUGGAAUGGGAAGAUGGUACGAACAUCCACUGCCAACUGACGAGGACGAAAUUGAUGAAAAAGAUGCGCAAGCUGUUCUAGAAAGAUUCGUUAAACAAUAUCUACGACAAGGAGAGCCCAAUGCAAAUCAAAUUGAUGAUGUUCCAGAAAUAGAAAGAAGAAAUGGUGGAUCAGAUAACGAUGAGUCUGUCCGACAGGCGCUUCUACAAUAUCUCGAAUCUCAACAAGAUGUCGAAAACCAAGACACACCUGAUGAAAUAGAAGACGAAAUGCAACUUGAUGUUCCAAACACUUGCAUUGCUGUUGACCUGCUGAACACUGACUGUGAGAUCGCAGACAAGAUGGGGUUGCCCAUCGAUGACGAGGCUAGGGAACUCUGUAACCGACACGAGCUUUGCUACAGUUGUGGAAAGGGGCAUGGUGUGACAAAAAGCCAAUGUGACCAAGGGUUUGGGUCGGAGGUGAUAGAGAUAUGUGGCCCCAACAAAAGUUGCAUCCGGGACGGUGCGCAAUUUCUCUGGCUUAUCAAGAGUGGACAACAGUACAAUGGACGACCAAUCAAAGAGUGCAGAGAUCCUUGUGUCCGGGACUACAUACUCGGACUAUAGGUGCCGCGGCGCUGAAGGAGACUCUUGUGAUAAUGAUGCCGUAUCGAGUCUAUAACGGAGAUAGCUGCCUUUAGCAAAUACACAAAAUAUAUUUAUGAACAUAAUAAGUUAUUUGGACAUUUAAUAUUUUAGACAAAUAUUGAUGACAAUCAUUGACGUCAUAAGACGAAAACAAGAAUAACUUGCGGUGUCGCAGUGUAAAGUAUACUAAUGAACUUGCGCUCAAUAAUAUUGAGCAUACGCAACUGAACUAGCUUAUGUCGACGUUAACCGUUUAUAAAAAAAACUUACUCACUAAUGUACUAAGGGGCGGUUGGAAUGUUAAUUCUAUAUCAAAUUACAGUUCCAGGCGUAAAUCAGCAUAUAUUGGUUGGUGGUUGAGAAGACAAGCGCGCUUAUUUAAAUAUCGUUCACGUAGGAAUAUUUACAGUACAAUCUCCAUUAUCCCAAACACUCUGGUGAAAGCAACAAUGAAUAUACGACGUCAUUGAUUGUUGAUUGUGUAUCACAGGAAAUAGAUAAAUUGAUGUUCUUUAGGCAUACAGGGGUUUAGUCAGUACGGUGUGGAUAGUAAGAUGUUGCUAAAAUGGAUGGUAUUAUAAUCGGUAGUAGGAAGAACGGCGUCUUUGUGGAAAACAAACGCACUUUACACUCGGAGGUCAACCUUUACUGAUGUCCAAUGGCGUUUAUACCCAUUAUCACUUUCAAGAAAAUUAACCAUAGAAAAGAAAGCACCGAAGUUGUUAUUUCAUAAUGAUGGCAACAAGGUGCAUGCAGUGAAAAGUAAAAUCAAAGUAUGCUUUGAUUAUUUGUCCCAUCCACAGACAUAUAUAAUAUUAAUAUCUUGUCUAUACAUUAUCGUUCCCGAUACAGAUAUAUACAAAUACUGAACCGUCAAUACAAGGUGGCUUUUCUGUCCUGGAUAGGAUGCGGAUAGUGUUCCAGUACUGGAAAUAAGUGAAGCAUUUGAGAAAAAGAGAAUAGUAACGUUUCUGGGUUUAGUAUGAGACAAUAGAUGAACAACAGUUCUCUAUAAAAUAUUUGGCUUGAAGUGAACUCGACUAUUAUUA